CAGUCGUGGACACUGUACGUACACUUGUACAGUGUUUAGAGCCAUGGAAUUGUUACGCAUAAUUCUGUGUUUGUUCUGUGUAUUUAGCUCUAUAGAGGGCUACAAAGUUUUAGUGGCCUUUCCUUUGCCAGUCAGGAGUUUAAAUCUGCUUGGUGAAGGUCUUGUAAGGCACCUGCUGAAUGCUGGACAUGAGGUUACAUACAUAACAGCAUACCCAUUUAAAGACCCCCCUAAGAAGAAUUUUAGGCAAAUCGAUCUUAGCAGUGUUAAGAGUGUUUUUGCAAACCAAAACAAACUGAACACCGGCUACAUGAUGAAUAACAGACACACAAACGAUAUUUAUUACGUGCAGGAGCUAGCCCUUAAUUGCGCCAAAGCCACGUUCGCAGAUCAAAACCUUCAGAAGCUGCUGCAAGACACCAGCGAAUCCUUUGACGUGGUCAUAGCUGAUCUUUUGGAAACUGAGAUAUAUGCGGGGCUAUCUGCUGUCUACGACUGCCCCAUGGUGUGGCUCUACUCUAUGGGGGCUCACUCCGUGGCCCUCCGCUUAGUCGACCAGCCUGCCAACCCGGCUUAUGCGUCAGAUUACUUAACAGGACAUAUCCCACCGCUGACCUUCGUCCAAAGGGUGGAGCAACUAUGGGCACAUGUUCAGUGGUACUUCUUGAAGUGGUUCUUCAUACAGCCAGAAGAAACGGUCCUAUACCAGCGCACCUUCGAGCCUCUCCUAGCCAAACGCGGAAGGCCUCUUCCCGACUACCAGGAGCUGAUAUACAACGCGUCCCUAAUGUUCAGUAACGAACACAACGCACUGGGGAACGUGCCAGCCAUACCGCAGAACUUUAGGUUUGUCGGUGGAUUCCAUAUUGAAGAUCCACCGAAGGCUUUGCCUCAGGAUCUCCAAGCAAUAAUGGACUUGUCCAAGCACGGCGUGAUAUACUUCAGCAUGGGUUCCACGUGGCAGAGCAAGGAUAUCCCGGAAUCCGUGACGAGGGGUCUCCUAAACAUGUUCGGGGAGUUGAAAGAAACGGUGCUGUGGAAAUAUGAAGAGAACCUGCCGAAUUUACCACCUAACGUGAAAAUUGUGCAGUGGGCACCGCAGCAUAGCAUUUUAGCGCACCCAAACCUCCGCAUGUUCAUAUCCCACGGAGGGCUGCUAUCCUCUACAGAAGCGCUACACUUCGGGGUCCCCACAAUCGGCAUACCGGUCAUGUUCGACCAGUACAUCAACGUGAACAAAGCCGUGAGCAGCGGCUAUGCGUUGUCAGCUGAGCUUAGUGACGACCUGCCGAAUACUUUGAGGCCGUUGAUUAGAGAGAUGCUGGAUAAUCCCAUAUACCGGCAGAAAGCAAAGCAAUCAUCUAUGAUCUACCACGACAGGCCCGUAACAGCUGGUAAAGAGUUGGUCCACUGGACAGAACAUGUUAUCAAGACUAAAGGAGCACCUCAUCUUCGCUCGCCGGCGCUUCGCAUACCGGUGUACCAGAAGCUUUAUUUAGAUUUGUUGCUUGUUGUUGUAGUUUUGCUAUUUAUUUGUAAGAAGGCGCUCAGUUUGGUGUUUAAGAAGAAGGUAAAUCAGAAGCAAAAGAAGAAUUAAUGUUAUAUUGGUAGGUAAGUUUUGAUUGUGGGUAGGUAUUUUAACUACAGUGUGUGUAGUAGUAGUAGUAAACUGCAAUCAAAAUGUCGGUUAGGUAUUUAUGUUAAUUUUUAAGUUGAAAUCUGAUGGUGAUCGUUAAAAUAUACGUAAUUUAUGUAUAACAUGCAUUAAUACUUGACAUUUAGUUAGUAUCUAUAAUGAGCUAACGUUAGAACGUAGAUAUAACUAAGUCAUCUAGUAUAGUUCAUCCACGAAGACGCGCCCCACCAUUCUUCCGCGAAUGUUUGAGUGUUAUCGGUAAACGCUAAAUAUGAGUGCACA